AUGUUAUCUCACAUUAAAUUGGCCAAUUUAAAUAAUUAUCACCAUAAUAAACACCAAACAAAGCGCAUAUUCUGGGGAUGUUGGAGGUGGAAGAUUCACUCUCAAAGUUCCCAAAGACAUAUAGGGGACAGGAGAUUCUUAAAAGAAGAUGUAUCAGCUCACACAAUCGUUAAAAAACAAAAAGACUUUCUGUAAGCCUUAUCCAUGUCAUUUAAGAAAAGCUUAGAAGAAAAUAUCGUCAAUGCAAAAACAGUGUUAAAUGCAAAGUACUUAUCCAUCAUUUAAUAUUCCCUACAAGCAACAAAGAAUUAUUUACUGAACAUGGAGCAUGGGUUCCAGCAACUGCUGCAUCAUUAAAACCUACUAUUGAUGAAAUCAUAUUGAAGGAUGUCAAAGCGGAUCCGUUGGAUCACCUUAUUGAUGCAAAUGAACUCUUUGAUCCGAACGGUGAAAUACAAAAAAGGAAACAAACUAGAACAAAAACACCUCUAACAAAGUUCGAAAAAGAAGUAACUAACGACGAUUCAUAUACGAUAAGAUGGACGUGUUUAGUGGCAGCAUACAUUCACCAAAACACCUGGUAA